GUAUACUUUACUAAGUUUGGAUUAAUCAGUGACAACAACGUCUCUUGUAUAAUUACAGCGAAAUGAAGAUAUUCAUCAUGUUUCAUGGAAUACCUGCCUCUGGAGUGAUGGGAGGGGCACCUGUCAACAAACCAGAGCUGUAUGAGGAAGUGAAGUUGUACAAAAAUGCCAGAGAAAGGGAAAAAUAUGACAACAUGGCAGAGUUAUUUGCUGUGGUGAAGACACUCCAGGCCCUGGAAAAAGCCUACAUUAAGGACUGUGUGACUCCCAAUGAAUACACAGGAGCUUGCUCAAGAUUGCUGGUCCAGUAUAAAGCUGCUUUCAAACAGGUCCAAGGAUCAGAUGUGGGCUCCAUCGAUGACUUUUGCCGUAAAUACAGGCUUGACUGUCCGCUGGCCAUGGAGAGGAUCAAAGAGGAUCGACCAAUCACCAUCAAAGAUGACAAGGGCAAUCUGAAUCGCUGCAUUGCAGACAUAGUAUCUCUCUUUAUCACAGUGAUGGACAAACUUCGACUCGAAAUUCGUGCCAUGGAUGAGAUCCAGCCUGACCUGCGAGAGCUCAUGGAGACCAUGAACAGGAUGAGCAACAUGCCCCCAGAUUCAGAGGCCAAAGACAAAGUCAGCCUCUGGUUAACCACACUAAGCAGCAUGUCUGCAUCCGAUGAGCUGGAUGACUCCCAGGUUCGCCAGAUGCUGUUUGACCUGGAGUCUGCCUACAAUGCAUUUAAUCGUUUCUUACACUCUUCUUAGACACCCCUUCCCUCUCAGAUCUCUUUGAACUCCUUGUCACCAGCUUCCUCUCUUUUAUCAAACUUCUGUUUCUUUUUUUGCCCAUGUCUCUUAAGCUGUAGGUUCUUGAGAUUUCCAUGUAGAGACUCCAAACAGAGUACUGUUUACUCAGGCUGAUCAUGUCAUUCAGUAAUGUUAUUAGCUUUAUAUUAUUUACUGAUUUGUUCUCUUUGAAAAGUAGUCAUUUUUUAUAUUAAGAAAUGUGACGUGGAAAUUUCUGUAUUUUUUUUUUCCUUCCCACUAUAUAUAUGAAAGUGUUCUCUUGCUCCUGAUCUUUAGGCUGGUUAUAGCGGAUAUAUUAAACCAUCGAAGAUGCAUUAAGAACAUAGUGGAAAAACAUCUAAAAUAUUUUGAGUAUAUUCUAGGUAAGAGAUGCUGGCCUAUGUUAAUACAUAUGAUAAACAGAUGGUUUAAAGAUGGUUUAAAAAAUCUCUUAAUAUCAUAUUAAAAACAAGGGUUGGCACAAAGUUGUCAGCUAUGAAUGAAAAUGUAAACUGAUACAAUCCCUUUCCCAUGUUUCUCCUUGUUUAAGUAGAUUAUUUUCCUGUUUUUUUUUUUUGUUUUUUUCUUCAAAUGAGACCACUUUAUUACUUUAAGUCAUUUACAGUACUCCAGAAUUCGUUCAUUGGUAAACUUUCUUUUAUAUAUAUAUAUAAGCUUGAUUCUUAACUUGUGUUCACUCUCCUCUGAUUGGUUUAUCUCACUUCAUUAUGUAAUAAGUCGUAUUUAUUCAGUGUCCAUUGUAAAUAAAAUAGUUUUGAAAUAAACUAAAU